AUGGCGCCAAGCUCAUCAGAACCCCUCUCGGUCCAAUCCUUCGCAAACACCCAGCUGUCUCUGCUCUCCGCGGAGCUCGCGGCCGAGAUCGCCGAGUCCUCGGCCCUGGUCGCCCUGCACUCCCCGACCGCCCUCCAGCGCGCGGGCCUCGCGCUCUCCAACCUCGUCGUCGGCGCCCGCCGGACCGGCCUCGGCGGCCGCACCGUCAUCGAGCUCAACCCCGACCCGGCCGUCUCCUCGGAGCUGCCCGAGCACGGGCUCCGGCCGGGGGACAUCGUGCUCGUCGCCGAGCAGCCCGCGGGCAACGCCAAGAAGAGGGAGGUCAAGGAGCUCGAGAGCAAGGGCGCGAGGGGCGUGGUCACGAGGGUGCGGAACGAGAGCGUCGGUGUCGCCGUCGACGAGGGCAAGGGGGAGGAGAGGGAGUUCAACGGGCGGGUGUGGAUUGUCAAGGUUGCGGAUGAUGUCACGUACCGCAGAAUGAACCAAACCAUGGAGAAGCUCGAGAAGAUGACCGAGGGCGAGUACACCGCCUUCAUGCGCGUGCUGUUCGGCCUCUCGAGCCCGACGCCUGUGCCGUCCGAUCUGGCAACCGAUCAGGACCUGUCCAAGAUCCAGUGGAUUGACCCGUCACUGAACGACUCUCAAAAAGACGCCAUCCGCUUCGCCCUGGCAUCUAGAGAAGUUGCUCUCAUUCACGGGCCGCCCGGUACUGGCAAGACGCACACCCUCAUCGAGCUCAUUCUCCAGAUGAUCAAGCUUGACCUGCGCAUUCUCGUUUGCGGACCAUCCAACAUCUCCGUCGACAACAUCGUCGAACGUCUCGCACCGCACAAGAUUCCCAUCCUUCGCCUGGGCCACCCAGCUCGUCUCCUGCCGAGCGUCGUCGCCCACUCGCUCGACGUGCUCACCCAGACCUCCGAAGCGGGCGCCAUUGUCAAAGACGUCCGCGCCGAGAUGGACGCCAAGCAGGCCUCGAUCAAGAAGACUCGCAACGGACGCGAGCGCCGCCAGAUCUAUGGCGAGCUGAAAGAGCUUCGGAAGGAGUACCGUGAGCGAGAGCGGCGGUGUGUCAGUGACCUCGUGCGUGAGAGCAAGGUCGUCCUCGCGACGCUCCACGGCGCGGGCGGUCACCAGCUCCGGGACCAGCAGUUCGACGUCGUCAUCAUCGACGAGGCCAGCCAGGCCCUCGAGGCACAGUGCUGGGUGCCCCUUUUGUCGGCAAAGAAGGCUGUCUGCGCGGGUGAUCAUCUGCAGUUGCCGCCGACCAUCAAGUCACUCAACUCCAAGGUGAAGAAGGCGCCGGCUGAGGGCGGCGAGAAGCAGAUCAAGGGGAUGACGUUGGAAACGACCUUGUUUGACAGACUGCUCGCCCUGCAUGGGUCAUCCAUCAAAAGGAUGCUUACCACGCAGUACCGCAUGCAUGAGAAGAUCAUGAGGUUCCCUUCGGACGAGCUCUAUGAGGGGAGACUCAUGGCCGCAGAGGCAGUCAAGGAACGUCUCCUGAAGGACCUCCCAUACGAGGUCGCGGACACGGAAGACACCAACGAGCCGCUCGUCUUCAUUGACACGCAAGGCGGCGAUUACCCGGAAAAGAGCGAAGAUGACGACAAAGAUGCCGUCAAGAAGGCCAAGUUCAGCCUCCACGGCGAGAGCAAAAGCAAUGAUAUGGAGGCAGCCCUUGUGCGGCAGCACGCGCAGAGCUUGGUUGACGCUGGGGUCAAGCCGGAGGACAUCGCCGUGGUCACCCCGUAUAACGCUCAGCUCGCGAUCCUCGCGCCCCUGAAAGAGCAGUUCCCGGGCAUCGAGCUAGGCAGCGUGGACGGCUUCCAGGGCCGCGAAAAGGAGGCCGUCAUAGUCAGCCUUGUACGGAGCAACACCGAAGGAGAAGUAGGGUUCCUAGGCGAGAAGCGCCGACUGAAUGUGGCGAUGACGCGACCCAAACGCUCACUGACGGUGAUCGGUGAUUCGGAGACAGUCAAGAGGCUUGGAUCUGCCGGCGCGGCGAACCACUGCACAGAUGUCGUCCUGAGACACUGCUGA